UCCUUUGGUCUUGUCAGAUUGGGUAAGUCCCAGAUCUUUUGGAAUCAGGGUUAUCGUUCCCAGGUUUAUGGUCAAAUUCCUCACCAUCAGCCCAGAGUUCUGCGAAUCUGGUGAAGCUCUAAGGGUGAUGGAGAAAUUGGAGAGUGUUCCUUUAAGGCACGGAUCAAGGAGGGGAGCCAGGGUGUCCGUUGUAGACGCAGCCCCAGGCUGCAGUCUGGGGCCCAAUUAGCAGUGAGCUAAGCAGGGUUUUUGUUUAGCUUAGCAACCGCCUGCGCGGUCCCGGGGGCCCGUCGGGGUAUCUGCGGCGGGCGGAGGCCCGGACCUCUUUCCUCAGCUCGUGGUGGCGCUGGCAGCUGCAGAAGUCGCCUCCGUGGGCUCCCGGACCCCUGGCCCUCGGGGUCUCGCAGCACUAGGGCAGAGAAGGGACUGCUCCCCGCGUCGGGGCAGGUCCGGCCGAGCGGGGCCGAGCGCCCGGGGGGGAUCCUCCGGGUGGAGAGAGCACCAGAGGCUCCCGGGGUGCGCGGCUUGAGGGGACCCCGCGACCCCCGUCCCCGCCCCGGGCCGCCUCGUCCCGAUCCCUGCGGGCGGCGGUGGAUGGAGCCCCGCAGCCCGGCUCCCCGCGGACUUGAGGUUCGGCCAGCAGCCAGGACAGCAUUUCCAAGGCCAGGACAUGAAGGUCGCUGUGUUGGACCUUGGGUCUCUCUUUGCCAAAAUCUUCAAGACCUCGACGGCGCCCGCGGCGGGUCCCCCGCCGGUCGCCUCCUCCAGCCACUCGCGAGGCGCAGCCACCGCAGGGCCGGCGGGCAUCGGGGCGGGCACCUGGCUUGGCACGGCCCCGACCUUGACCCUCUUUCCAGCCCUGGCGCCCGACUCCCGCUCCGGCUCGCGGGGGGCGCCAGCCCUGCAGCAGCCGACACCCGCCCCGCUCCAUCCUCUGCUCGCCGCCUCCCACCCCCGGGUCUCGGUCGCGAGCCGCACGGCAGAAGCGGGAGGGACCCCCCGCUGGCUGCCCAGUAGCCCGAGAGCAGCCAAAGUCCGGCCCUCGCCCCCGCCCCUGCCCGCGGCGCCCCCCAGCGGCGUCUGCGGCGCAGCCGGCUCCCCCGCCCCCCCGGUGGCCGUGGCGCGGCCGCCCCCGGGCCCUGGCGGGGACUGGGCGGCGCUGCCGUCCAUCGGGGGCUCCGCGGGCAGCGGCAGUGUGACCGCGAGCCCACCGAACCCUCGCCCGCCCGGCGCGGCGGAGCGGGAGCCCGGCACUCGGGUGCCCCCCGGGCCUGGCCCCAAGACCCUGUUCUUCACCCUGCCGGACCUCGGCGAGGAGUGGGCCUCGGACAGCGACUCGGAGGACGGCCGAGAAGCAAGAGGAGUGCCAGAAGCAUCUGGAAAGCAGAGUUUUGCUGUGAAAAGCAAAGAUCCUUUACCUACACAUUUUACAAGAAAUGUACAGAAAGCCAUUGAUAAAUAUACCCGUGAAUCCGCGUCAUCAUUUUCAUCAAGUGGAAGCCCCACGCCCACAGAAGCUCCCAACUCCUGGUCUGGGUCUGGGACACAGAGUUCAACCACAGGCUUAUCAACCGAGAGGAGCUCCAUUUACUCUUGGAGAGAUGACGAGUUUGACAAAGCCAAUGCACAGAAAGUACAGCAGUUAUUCUGGGAGGUCGAGGAAAUGUUAUUUGAAGGGAAAGUAAGUCCUCAGACCCAGAAUCUACGGGCUGAAUGCAGUGAGUGGGCAAGAAGGUCCCUCCAUCUGAGAGUAUUAGGAAGACAGCUCAUCCUGCCCACUGAUGAAGGGGUCCAGCAUUUCCAGGGCAGCAAACCUGCUUCUGCCGUCCACAGACCCUUCUUUGAUGACUGUGAACCCAGCAGCAACAUCAGAGAGCUGUGCAUCUCCGGCUCUCAAAUAGUCCCGGCCGCACUCUCAGCCCUCACCCUGCCAGGUCCUGUUGGCACAGGGGUUGCGGACCUCACGGCAUGUUCAUCCCUGGAAGAAGAGGUUUAUGAUGUGGAUGGAAAGAUUGAAGAGUAUUUCGCUUUUGACAGAAAAGAAGAUGACGAGGACUGUCUUGAACAAAACCCAGCUCAUCAUCACAGGACGUGGCAUAAGCACGGACUUCCUCCUGUAUCCCCGCAUGACUGUGUCAGAGACGCGGUGGCUGCAGAAGUGUUUGAUCACGUCUGGACAGCUGUGGUGGAAAUACUGGAAAAGCUGAUUAGAAAAAACUGGGAAAUUACACUCACAGAAGGAAAAAAACAGAAAGAAAAAUUGAAAGUAGCUGAGAAUAAAUCUCCACCUCUGGUCAUUUCCUGUAUUAAUGCUGAUGUGUCCAGUGUUCCCCCGUCCAGAAGUUCUGAAACUCGAAGUGUAAUCCUGGCUUCUCAUCUUAACCCACCUCAGAUUCACCGCUUCUCCAAUAAUUUUUAUAGUGACUUGAAUGGUGUGAUGACAAUUCAAGCAAAACCACUUCAGCAGAGACCUACCUAUUCUGCAGAUAGAACACAGGGUGAGCAAGAGGACAAAUCACUGGGUGUAGGGGCCGGUGCUCUUUCCUCGGCCCCCCACCGGCUGGCACGGAUCUUGGAUGAUCGCGGACUACAAACUUCUGCAAAGAAAACACUGGCAUACACGAGGCUGCCUUCUCUUACCUCAGAAUCACAGAGAAUAAAAAUCCCCAGUGUGUACAGUGAUGAAGUUCUUAGGGAAACAAAACUGCAAACUGGCGUGGACCGCACGGCCUCCCCACCAGUUCAGACCUCAAGGAGCAGGUUGCCACCAAUAGGCUCAGAAACUGGGGAGCAGAAUAUGGCAGUUCCCGGAUCGCGCCCUGUUUCUUUCAGAGGAAGGCAUCCACAAAACCAUGUGUUGAGCGCAGUACCUGUCUGUGUAGAACGAUCACCCCUUCAAGAAAGAUCUCUGGCCACGGAACAGUUUUAGCCCAGCACAACCCAUACAUUUCGGUCAGAUACGCCUCGAAAAGGUUCAUUGACACUGAGGGAAUUUGCUGGUCACACAUGGACAGGUCAAGGUUUUUUGACAGGUUCACAAUUUCCACCAAAAUCUUUUCAGAGGACAACUUUGACUUUCAGAAAGAGAUUCCAAGUGACGUCUUGAUGUGACUUCACCAGGGCUACAACACCUGCUGGAGCAUUCAAAGCCUCAGUACACCAUUUAUCACUUGAAAAAUAGAAGAAGUAUUGUUAUGUAUCUGUCUGACAGGCUGAGAUGUUAGACUACCUGAGAGAAAUGCAAACAAAUAAACAACUUAAUUUUGAACACUUUGUGCUGUAAAGAGAAUACAAGUCAAACUCAGCAACCUUCUUCAUUAUCGGAAGCAUUCCAAUAAAGGUUCUUUAGGCUUUGCUCAGAAGAAUCUAA